AUGGCAGCCGAGAGCUCUGCUCUUGUGGCAAAGCGGCAGCGCACCGACGCCAGCGGAGCCCUCGUCCCCGCGGCGGGCACCGCGGCUGCCGGCGGCACGCUCGUCGCCGGGCCGCAGCGCACCUCCGACCUGCUCGCGCCGAUCCUGCUGCUGGCCGGCCACGGCGCGGCGGUGCACACGGUGAAGUUCAGCCCGGGGGGCGAGCUGCUGCUGUCGGGCUCGCACGACAAGACGCUGCUGCUGUGGGAGACCUUUGGCGAGUGCAAGAACGUGCUCACGCUCAAGGGCCACGCAAAUGCGGUCGUCCACUGGCUGGGGGCGGAGAACGCGGUCUCCGCGUCGGCCGACAAGCUCGUCGCGUUGUGGGAUGUGAAGACGGGAGGCCGCAUCCGCAUGUACAAGGGGCACACCUCGUUUGUCAACUCCUGCUGCCCCGCCGCCGACGCGCCGCUCAUCGUCUCGGGCGGAGACGACUCGGUGGCGCGGGUGUGGGACACGCGCGUCCGCACCUGCCAGAGCGUGAUCGACCACCCGCUGCCCGUGACGGCCGUCUCUACCUCCGCCGACGGCAAGGAGGUCUACACGGGCUGCCGGUACCCGCGGCUGUCCAUGGCGCGCGGCCUGGACAUGUCCCGGACGCGUCCCUUAGGCAUCGCGCUCUCGCCCGACGGGCAGCGGCUGCUGAGCAACGCUAUGGACAACACACUCCGCUGCUGGGACGUCCGCCCCUUUUGCGAGGGCGGCCGCUGCGAGAAGCUCUUCCUCGGUGCGCAGCACAACUACGAGAAGGGGCUGCUCAAGUGCGCGUGGUCGGCGCGCGGGCCUGCGGACGGGGCGCGCGUGGCGUGUGGCUCGGCGGACCACUUCGUGUACGUGUGGGACGCGGCGACCAAGCGGAUCAAGUACAAGCUUCCCGGCCACACCGGGUCCAUCAACGAGGUCGCCUUCCACCCCACCCAGCCCAUCCUCGCCUCGUGCGCAAACGACAAGCACGUCUACCUCGGCGAGAUCCGCCCCUAG